AUUAUUGACCUAUUGUCUUCAAUGAGACUUGUUUGUCUGCUUACUGGUCGCGCACGCGCACCGUCAACAAGGAGACAGCGGAAACCACUACUCAGCUCCGUGAACGCGGCCGGCCAAGACGAACGCUGCACUUCAAAAUCGCAUGUAAACCCAGGCAAGGUGAUUGGGAUGAAGCCCAUCGCAGUGACGCAAGGCGAGGGGGUCGUGCCGGUGCCAGCGCAGAGGAGGCUCCGCUUCCAGCGUCCGUUCGCGUCUGUUCCUCAGUUUACCAACUCACCCACCAUGAUUGUGAUGGUGGGUCUGCCUGCUCGCGGGAAAACGUACAUUUCCAAAAAGCUCACCAGGUACCUCAACUGGAUUGGUGUCACGACCAAAGUGUUCAACGUGGGGCAGUAUCGCCGAGACGCAACACGUUCCUAUAACAGCUUUGAGUUCUUUAAACCCGACAACGCAGAGGCCAUGAAGAUCCGAAAAGCUUGCGCCAUGGCUGCGCUCAAAGAUGUGUGCGACUACUUCACCAGAGAGCAAGGCCAAGUUGUGGUUUUUGAUGCCACCAACACGACACCAGAGCGCCGAGAUCUCAUCCUCACCUUUGCUAAGGAAAAUGGCUAUAAGGUUUUCUUUGUGGAAUCUAUCUGUGACGAUGCAGCGAUCAUUGCUGAGAAUAUUAAGCAAGUGAAGCUAAGCAGUCCUGAUUACCUCAAUUGUGAUAAAGAUGAGGCUGUGGCUGACUUCCUGAAGCGGAUUGAAUGUUACAAGUUGACCUACGUGGCAUUGGAUGAUGACAAAGACAGGAGCUUAUCCUACAUUAAGAUCUUCAACGUGGGCAGCAGAUACCUGGUGAACCGAGUGCAAGACCACAUCCAGAGCAGGAUUGUUUACUACCUCAUGAACAUCCAUGUUACACCACGUUCCAUUUACCUGUGUCGCCAUGGCGAGAGUGAGCUGAACCUGGUAGGCCGCAUUGGAGGGGAUUCUGGCUUGUCGGCUCGUGGUGCCAAGUUUUCCAGCGCUUUGGGAGUGUACGUGCGGAAGCAGAGCAUCAAUGAUCUGAAGGUGUGGACCAGCCACAUGAAGAGGACCAUUCAGACAGCUGAAGCCCUGGGUGUCCCAUACGAACAGUGGAAGGCUCUCAAUGAGAUUGAUGCUGGUGUGUGUGAGGAGAUGUCAUAUGAGGAGAUUCAAGAGAAUUAUCCAGAGGAGUUUGCACUGCGAGACCAAGACAAGUAUCGCUACCGCUACCCAAAAGGCGAGUCUUAUGAGGAUCUGGUCCAGCGACUGGAGCCUGUCAUUAUGGAGUUGGAGAGGCAGGAAAACGUGCUAGUCAUCUGCCAUCAGGCUGUCAUGAGAUGCUUACUGGCAUAUUUCUUAGAUAAAAGUUCAGAUGAACUGCCCUACCUCAAGUGUCCUCUUCACACAGUCCUCAAACUCACCCCAGUCGCCUAUGGUUGCAAAGUGGAGUCAGUCUUCCUUAACAUUGAAGCUGUGGACACACACCGUGAUAAGCCUGAGAAUGUGGAUGUAGACAGAGAACCAGAAGAGGCACUGGAAACCGUCCCAGAGCACAUCUAGACCACCGCCAUUGAGACCGGUUGAUUCCUCAGACACGUGGACAUGAUUGCCAUUUAAUCAGAAUCUUGUCGGGUGUUUUAAAAGGAAAUCAUGGCUCAACGGAACAUUUCUAGAUGGAAAUGAAACGAAACGAGUUGAACCACCUUGAUGAAGCUUUCAAAAUGCUGAAGUGUUGGAAGCAUUUUCAGAAAUAGUACCUCUAAAACAUGAGGACUCGAAACAUGGAAAAUACACAUCGUUAACUAUUUUAUUAAUUAAAUCUUAUUCAAUGAUGCACUUUAUAGCCACUCAGGGACUAUAUAACUAAUCAAUAGGGAACAUACUGCAAUAAAUCAUAGUUAAGGUAAUCUCAUGAUAUGCGACGAUUUUUGUUGUGUUUCCCUUCUUUUUUUUCUCUAUGCUAAACACCAGUGUGUACUGUUAGGGAGAUACUAGCCUAUAAACGCCAAACAGUGUUAUUGAUUAACCACAUCUAGUUAAAGUAAGCUAACUACCAAGCAUCAGGUUCGACGUGUGGUGUAGGGUUGCCAACAGUCCCAGAUUGGGCAGGACAACCCAGAAUAAUGUGGUGACAGCUCCAACAUCAUUGACUGUUAAUUAAUUAAGUGCUAAUCACCUAGCUGAGGUAGUCCAUAGCUUUUACAGUGUUGUAACUUAUCCAUGUAAAUUCAGAGUGGACUACCACAAUUCUAAUAGGUAGUAUCCUUUGGGGGACUGCUCAAGUCCAACACCAUCAGCUAUCGUAACAGCCAAAUUCUCAUGUAAUUGUGUAUGCACUAUGCAGCUUUGUAGCGAUUAACAGGACACAGCGGACAUGGGGCAAUAUCAAUAAUUGAUUGAUUCCUGUUUUUUCUCUUCCUCUCAUUUUGAAAUUGUAUGUUUAUUCAUUUUCAAAUGUUGAAUGAAGGAAGAAAGGAACUUGUCAUAUAACAUUUAAAUCAGAUGGCUGCUCUUUAAAGUGAAUUCAAUUCAAUAAAAUGUUUUUGGUUGCUGGUAUUUAAAAAUAAAAAGAUUUUUAUUUUA